ACAACAGCAGGAGAUGCCGUCUCGUUACCGUUUCCGUGGGCUGUUGGUAGCAUGACAUUUGGGCAGAGUGAGAGUUCUUCCGUUGGAAAACAGUGAAGAAGACAAGACGCAAGGUCGCUAAGAAAAAAAUGUCUCUGUUUGCAAAGUCGCUGACACUGUCAGGCAGGGGACUAGUUGCAGCUUGUGUACGACAUCACUCGCUUACAACUGAACUGAUUGAAAACAUGGAUAAGAAAGCGACCUGGGACCGCUUCUACGCUGAGAGCCGCAGCAAGACAACCACCUUCAAAAACUUUGAGUGGUUCUUUGGCUUCGAUGCCGUCCGCGACUUCAUUAUGCCUCUCUUGCAGACCAAGUCCCACCCAGAUGCUCUGCUCCAAGUCCUGGAUAUGGGCUGUGGCACUUCUGCUCUAGGGCCCUGUAUUUUCAGACACUCAGCCCAACCGGUCCGGGUCACUUGUGCAGACAUUUCUCCCAUAGCUGUGCGACUAAUGCAAGAACACGUCCAAGCAAAAGCCAUUCAUCCUCACAAUCUUUGUUCUCAGCUUGAGUUUGUAGAGCUGGACUGCACACAGCUUCACAGGCACUGUGGCUAUAGCAGUGUUGAUCUUAUAGUUGAUAAGGGCACCACAGACGCCUUGUUGAGGUCUAAAGAAGGGAGAGGGAAGGCCAGUCUAGUGCUUAAACAGUGUUUGAAGGUUUUACGGAGCUCAGGAUCUCUGCUUCAGUUCUCAGAUGAGGAUCCUGAUGCCAGGCUGCUGUGGCUGGAGACAGAGGCCCAGGAGCCGGGGGUGAUGGCAGCAGAUGUUGGUGUGCAGGAGGUUGGGGAGCUAAGGGGUAUGUCUUACUACUGCUACCAAGUGACUCCUCGCCCUAUUAAAUAGAGCGAGGAGACAUUCUACAUCUGGACUAGGGAUAGAUUGAUUAUUGGCCCGUUUUUUUGGCAGUUUGGAGAUUAUCUGCAUCAGUGUUUUCUUUGCUUGAGAACAGAUAAAGUAUAUUAAGUAAACACUCUGCUUCCUCUGCUUCGGUUUCACUCACCACUGAGUCUGAU